AUGUUUUCAAAGUACCUACGGAUACACAGGCGUUCAAAGACAAUUAGUACAGCGGAGGUUCCAGCACAGGAAGCCCCAUUGGUGUCGCUGACUCCACCCACACUGUCGCCCAGUGAGGGGACAAAGAGACCAGCGGCUGUUGAUGGCGUAGCGGCGCUGAGUAGUGGAGUUCAGUGUAAUAAGGAUAGUGGCAAUGCCGGAAGAGGUGCUUCAACGGCACCAGCAGAUCUGUGCGAGUUGGAUGUUUACGAGCAGCACCAUCACGGUAGUAGUGGUGAUGGACGCAGCAAGGACGAUGAUGACUUCGUCCUGGAGGAGGAGCAGAGACGGCCCGUCAAUACCGCCCGGCUGUUGUGCAGUGGCGCAUUGCCGUCCGCCGAUCACAACGACGACGACGACGACAAUGAUGAGAGGUACGCGUCUCUUCGGCCAGCGGGGGCGGUUGGCCCCAUGGCAAGUANAUCACAACGACGACGACGACGACAAUGA